AUGAGGACUGAAGAGUUUGAUUACAAUGUCGACUCAAGAUUCGUGCCAGACGAUCCUGUUGAGCUGCGUGGCAAAAGCCGCGAAAGUGGCAAGAUGGUCGUGCUCGACCGCUCUACCGGGAUGAUUGCGCACACGGUGUUUUCAACCAUCUGCCAGUACUUUCGCCCGGGCGACCUGCUCGUAUUGAACGACAGCUACGUGCUUGCAAACGUCUUGUGGUUCCGGUACGGCGACGAGUCUACCCAUGUGGGCUUGUGCGGCCACGAGCCCGACGGCACGACCAUUGUCGAUGUAUUCGGAUGGCCGUUGGCUACGCCGGCGCUGACCCUGACGUCCAAAAACAACGACAGACUCACCUGUACCCUGCUUGAAGCGCUGCCCGACCAGCUCUGGAGAGCGAGAUCCGCGCCCCUGGCUUAUCGCUCCGUGUACGCCAAUACACCUGGGUCGUUUAAUAUCCCUUCAGCUGGGCUUCACUUCUCCGAAGCACUGCUGGCCGAGGCUGUCGCCAAGGGAGUCGAGGUCGCUCACAUCACGCUGCACGUCGGGGCGACCGAGACCUUUGCCGUUCGUCACAUCACCGAGAGGGAGAUUGAGAACCACAAGGUCAGGUCCGAGUACUUCCAGGUUGGAGACAAGGCGGCUGCACAAAUCAACCGGGCCGUGUCCGAGGGGAGGCGUGUCGUCGCCGUUGGCACGACCGUCAUGAGAACCCUCGAGACACUGGCGGCCAAACAGGAGCCCAAAGCUCCUAUCCAGGCUCAGUCGGGGUGGACAGAUCUCUACAUAUACCCCGGAUUCAACUUCAAGCUUGUGGACGUGUUGCUGACAAACCUCCACCAGCCGCGGUCUAGCCAUAUCGUGCUGACCGCGGCCUUUGCUGGGAAAGAGCUUGUUAUGCGUAGCUACGCCGAGAUUCUUGAAGGUGGUGGAUACGAGUUCGACAUGUUUGGGGACAGCAUGCUGAUUGUGUAG